GCGGGAGGUGCGGCCUAGGAACUCCUAAGUGCAAGCAAUGGCCGACCUCCAGCAACACCGCAGACGCCAGCCCAGGAAUUAUCGCCCCCAGAAAGAUGCUCUUGAAGAAUACGACGACGACGAACUCAUCAGAAGGUUUCGCCUGGACAGUGAGGGAAUUCAUUUUGUCACCGAUAUGGCGCGAGACGUCCUGCAGAGCCCCACGAGGAGGAGCCAUGCCCUCACGCCAGAGAUGAAGGUCUUGAUUCUCCUCAGGUAUUUGGCAACAGGCAAAAUGCAACUCUGCAGCAGUGAAGAGCUGGGACCAUCACAGCAGACAGUUAACAGAGUUAUCUCCGAAACACUGGCAGCCUUCAACACGCCACACAUCAUGAGAAGAUAUCUUACAUUCCCAACAGAGAAUGAAGUGAUGCAACAGAACAAAGCAGAAUUUAUGGAAAUUGCAAACUUUCCGGGUUUGGUGGGUGUGAUAGACUGCACUCACAUAAGAAUAACUGCACCAAAAGAGUUUCCAGACGAGUAUAUCAACCGGAAGGGAUAUCACAGCAUCAAUGUACAUAUUGUCUUCAAUGCAAGAUGUGAAGUCGUCAGCUGUUUGGCUAAGUGGCCAGGAUCCGUACGUGAUUCAGGGAUCCUCAGUGAAAGUGGGCUUAAGCAGUGUUUUGACGCUGGUAUAAUCCCACGUGGAUGCUCACUGCUAGGAGACCAUGGGUAUCCCUGUAAACCUUGGCUGCUGACACCUUAUCUUAAUCCCCAGCCAGGACCACAAGCAAAUUACAAUAUAGCACACUCAAAGACCAGGAAUGUUGUGGAGAAGGGAAUUGACCAGCUGAAACGAAGAUUUCCAGUCCUCCACACUGAAAUAAGGGUCAGUCCAUCACUGAAGGUGUGCCAGAUUGUCUAUGUAUGUGCAGUGCUGCACAACAUUUGCAAGAGGUGCAAUGUUCCUCUUGAUGAUGAGCAUCUGGAUAAUCAAAAUGCUGCCCCAGAUCAUGAUGUUGGGGCAAUAGCACCAGCAGCUUGGGGACAAGACAAUGGACGAACCUUCAGGGACCACUUUACUGCAACUCACUUCAGGGAUUCCCAGGAGGUUUGA